CCCUGCUGGAUCCUUAUUCUUGGUAACGAUUGCUCUAUUAUAGUCGCAAUGAAUAUGAUGGGUCCGUACAGCAGAACGGAACCUCUUCCCAUCUGCUGUGCUGUGUGUGAGAGAAUGACUGAGUGAGAGAAGCUCCUUUUUACCUGAUAUUUUCAAAAAAAAGUCUACACUGUGUAGUACACAACUCAAACCUGUUAAAUAUCAAAAGUAGAGCGCAUUAUAAUAAUUAGAGUCCCCAGCACCACACACCUGCAACCUAUACGUCCCCACAUUGGGAGAUUGAUUGCAGUAUUGAACCAGAUACAGACUCCCAUGUAGUACACGAUGACGAUGUACUCUCCUGCCUGGAAAUUGGGUCCAGAGCUUCAUUAGAUCAGGUAUUAAAUAAUGGGGUUGCUGAUGACAACUUUUGUGUACCGUUCGAUCAAUAAAGGACUGUUUGGGUGCCUAUCAAUUCAUCGGCAGUCUGUCGCACAUAAUCACAGUCGUCUCUGUUCGCGGUGGAGUCGUCAACAAUUUCAUUCUGCCAGAAACAUCCCCACACAUAACGACGCGAUGUCUGGAAUUGUUAGCAGCACCAAUGGGAUCGACGUGGCAGGGAUGCGCAAGGCGUACAAAGCCUCACACGAGUCAUUUCAAGAGAACAACUUAGUUGCGAGAGAACCGAUUGCCCAGUUUGCGGAGUGGUUUAAGGAAGCGUCAAAAGUGGACAGUAUAGGGGAAGCAAAUGCCAUGACUCUUGCAACAGCAACCAAGGAAGGAAAACCUUCUGCUCGGAUGGUUCUACUGAAGGGAUACGAUAAGAGAGGUUUUAGAUUCUUCACAAAUUAUGACAGUCGAAAAGGAAAAGAACUGGCAGAGAAUCCAUUUGCGUCACUGGUUUUCUAUUGGGAGGCUCUAAGUCGCUCGGUCCGCAUCGAGGGGCGUGUGGAGAAGCUUACCAACGAAGAGUCAACAGAAUAUUUCAACUCCAGACCUCCAACAAGCCAAAUUGGAGCCAUUGUUAGCAAUCAAAGUUCAGUUAUAGAAGACAGAAAUGUGCUGACCAGGAAAGAUCAGGAACUCAAAGACAAAUACCUGGACUCUGGAGUCACAAUACCACGGCCAGAUCAUUGGGGUGGAUUCCGAGUGGUCCCGGACGUGGUGGAGUUCUGGCAGGGACAGAGUAACAGACUUCAUGACAGAAUCGUCUUCCGACGACCCCAACUUGAUGAAAACCUCGACGGGAAGUUUGUCAAAGAAGGAGAGGACGGAUGGGUCUAUGAAAGACUUUCACCAUGAAGACUUUUGUGAGACUUGGAUUUAUAGUUAUAUUGAAAUAAAAAACCUGCUUUAGCAAUACAGGGAACUAACACCGUUUGGGACAUGCGCUCCAGAGUUGCGCUGAACCAAAUUCUUAAUUAAGUACAUACAAAUUUUGACGUCUGAAACAGUUAGGAGAGACUGGACACACAAGAAGUCGAAAGAUCGACUGUUGCAGUUGUUCCGAACGACUCUGGAGCACCUUGGUUUCAGACGUCGAUCUUGUUAUAAGCCGAAUCAAUGUAAGUGUUAUUUUAAGUUUGCCUGUCUGAAAGCAAAAUUUAUUUGUGUCCACCUAGAGUCGUUCCUAAUCUGGUUGGUUGGGCGUGACUUUGGCGCGGCUGUCUGAAAUGGGAACUAAGGCAGUGCUUAAAAAGUCGGGUACAAAAGAAUGUUCCUGGGGGUACACCCCAACAAUUCAAUGUGAAUGAAUACAUGCAUAGUCUUUUGAGCUUCCAAUGGAAUGUUCCAGUGGUCCGAGGGAACAGUCAAUGAGCAUUCCCUUGAAUACUUACCAGAUCCAAUAAGCCAUUUGCGAGUUAGAUUUGAAAAAUGGCUGGUACAAUGAUUUGCUUAGUCACAAUGUACCACUUCAUUUUGAAUUCCUCAGACUACAGAGACAGUUGCUAUGUCACAUGAUUUGGGGCAAGAUUUUGUAUAGCAAGCUCCAGAGCAAACCCUGGUACCAUUGUGCCAUAGACAUCCAUUCCAUUCAGAAUUGUGUAUGGGUGUCGCGUCUCUUACGUUACUACGCAAAAGUUUGCCCCAAAUUAUGUGACAUAGCAACUCUCUCUAUAGUCUGAGGAAUUCAAACUUAAGUGUUGACUUGUGAUCACGUACAUCAUUGUACCAGACAACAUUAAAAUCUAAUGGCUUAUUAGAAUGUUACUAUCGUUUCGUCUUAUGAGACACUUCCUAAAGUACUGUCAUUUGGCUUAAAAAUUGAAGGAUUUAGUGAGUACAAGAUUUGAAGUUUUCAUUGUUUUGGUUUGCGGGUUACACUGUUUGAUAUUCAAAUGUGUGUCAGAUGAAAUGUGUGUGAAGUUUUGCCUCAAAAAACAAAUCAUUAUUUAUUUUAACAGUGUGAAUUAAGGAGCUUAACUGCUUCACUGUUUAUGAUUAUGAGGCUUGGGAACGUUUAUGUUUGGUAAUCACUCUUAAAAUUAAUGAAAAUACACAUUUUUGAGAAACUUUUCAUGAAAUGUGGUCAUGUAAAAAGAUAUUAGAUUUUAUGUCUCGAAACUUUGAAGUAUUCCUAUUAGGGAUUAUUCUUCCUGGGUGGACAUUAUUCGCUCUGGAUUGCACAUUCAGCGGGAAGGCUCCAACCCUACUUUACCCUUGUAAUCCGCCAGCACUCCAGCAUGUUUCCUGUAGACGAGCACAGAUUAUACUGUUAAAAAUGUUGAGACUACACCAACAUAAUUCACAACAACCACUCCUUCCAAAAGAAAUUUACACAUGAGCCCAAUUUCAUAGAGCUGCUUAAGCAAAAAAGUAGCCAAGCACGAAAAAAGUAUGCU